CCGUGCGGUAGAAAUAACUAAGGCAGGGGCGCACCAAGUUCGAAAGAUAGGUGUGGGUGAAAAUAAUAAGUGACGUAGUUGGGGGAAGUCGCGCGGUGCCGCAGUAGUCAGUUUUUACAGGGGAUGAUCUUGUAUUGCUGUCACAAUGAACCAAGGCAGUAGUUGCCCAAUUGGCCAAGCUUCCAGCUCUACUGGAUCAGACCCAAAGGCCCCAGCAGUUUACAGGCAGCAGAAUAAUGAACGCCAGAGUAACGCAGAUCCACAUUCGAGGGUGAAGAGGAGAAAAACGAAAAAGGAACGGAACUCCAGGUUUAACCAAUCAGAUGGAGACCGAUUCAUGGUCAGGGGGUCCAAACGCCCCUUUGUAAGAAAGAAAGACCCAUGUGCUCAUUCUAGCUUUGUGAGGGUUGUCCCCCCAUUUGCUAUAAGGGGUGCAUGCAACUCAAACCCCAUUAUCAUAACUCAGGGCAGAUUAACUCAUCACAUGGGCCUGUUUCAUGGGGAAGUUAAAUCUAUUGACAUUAAAAGACUGGACUUGCUAAAAGAUACUGCCAUGGAGGUGCAGCCUGCUAACGUAACACAGCCAGAAACAGAUGAGGGGAGUCGGGCCUCCAGACUUUCUCUUACUCCAAUAACUGUACUGGAGGAUCAGGGAGGGACAUCGUCCCUAAAACAUGUGGCACAUGAAACCCACAUAUUGGGCUCAAACCCACUCUUAUCUCAGAAUAAGGAAAAGGGAAACUGCACCCCAUGCACACAAGGAUCAAGUGCCCAGUUUCUUCUGACGUCCCCUCACAGCCAGACUAGAAUCCCAAACUGCCAAAGGCAAAGCAUUCCAGUUGUGGAGGCAGCUGAAAUCGUAUUUAAAAUGAUAAAUUCACGCUCAUUAUUUCCAGGCAGGAACCUGGUGACUGAGACGAAAAAAUCCAUCUUGGCAAGGCUAAAGCAGCAACAGCGUAUGUUGGGAACAAAUCUGACGCCAUUAUCUUUGCUAACGAAGCUGAAUUAUAGCCACACAGGCAUGUCUGUAAUUUCUGAAGGCUUGGGAUCGGGCUACUUAAAUAAAAUAGAUAAGACACAGACAGAGCAUGGACGACAAGGUGCAACAGGCCACAAUUCUAUAUCCCCCUUUCCAGUUGGUUUAGUGUCUGGAACGAGCCCCAUGCAUGUGGUAAAGACGGCACAAGUAAUGUGUGGGGAUAGACCCCGAGCUGAAAUUGAUCUCUAUAACCAGCUGCUGCUUGGCAGACCAGAGUGUGACUUUCAGGGCCCAAGUGAAAAGCAGCGAAUAUAUUCAGAGAUUGGUUCCCAUUUAUAUGAAGGGAUACCACCUCGAGGCCAGUUCAGUCUAAUGCCAGACAGCAGGACCAAGCUGAUGAGAAAUACUGACCUUUCCCAUAAAGCAAUGCAGCAAAGUGGAACGCACCCUUUUGAGGUUUACAACGCCAAUGUAAAAUGGAAACCUUCAUAUAAUGAUUUAGCUGGGCAUUCACUUAAUAUGAGUGAAACAAUCAGCCCAAGGCAAGGGGACAGGAGGAAAUACACAACUCCUAUGAGAGGGCUCCUAUUGGACAUUUGCACUGUGCCAGCCUCCCAGACAGACAGAAGGAACUGGCCCAGCAUGGCAGCUGAACAUGGAGCUGCUUCUGGUGUGCGAGGAAAUAUAUGGAACUGUGACACCAACAAAUCCCCAGGUUUCACAUUUACUCGCCCUUGCACAGAUACAUCAGGCCAGAAAGCAAGGUUGCACUAUGGGGAGCUAAAUUCACAAAGGGACUCAACAUUCAGCCUGGGCCGUAAUCCAAGGGGCCUGGGAUGCCAAAACUCUGCUGGCCCAGAACGUUUCAUUUGUGAAGAUGCAAAAGACUCUUUUCAUUUUUUGGAGCCUAAAAGACACACAAUUCAUAGACAGACAGCAGAGAUCGUAUCACCACCUCCAUUAUUUGCAAUGCCCCCCUCGUGGAAUAACAUUAGAGAUGUGAGGGCAGAGUCACCUGUGUCUAGAGACCGGGCAGAUACAGUGUGGAGACAGUGCCAGGAGGAGUGGCCCCAGAGACAGCUCCACACAAGUCUUUGUACACAACCCAGCGAGCCACAUAAUCUGUUUGUCUCUCAUCCUGAAGGAGGAUCUCUUAGACAAACACUGUUAGAGAGAUCAAGUCCUGAAUCCUGGAUGUUCCCAAGAAUGAAACUCUAUUAAACACUAUGCUGAAAAUGUAA